AUGGGCAUCAGCGAGGUCUCCGCGGACCCGCGUGAGCUCAUGUACAUGACAGCACCAGCGCUCGUGCCCGUGCCCGUGCGCACCCCUCCACCCACCGUGGCGCCGGUCCUCGUGCAUUUGGCUGCACCCGCCUCGCCGUGCCCUGAUGACCCACAAGUCUUCAUUUGCAUAACAAUUAUCAUCACAGAUGGAAUGUUCAACUUCCUUACGGUCAUUAUUGCAUCUUGUAUUGACAUUAAGCACAAGCGGCAAGAUAUUGAUUCAGGGUUGAGUAAUUACAUGAAAAAAUACCCUAGCCUUAACUACGAUGAUCGUAAGAGGAUUGAGGUAUUUCUUCAAAAUAAAAUCCAUUUAACCAUAUCAGUGGGAGGAUACAUUGCAAGUGCUACAAUCUCAGUAGUCGUUAUCCCAUGGUUGUUCGAUCAGAUUAAAUUCUAUCAUGUUGCCACAUUAUAUAUUAUCACGCCGGUCAUUGCGUUUGCAAACACUUAUGCAAAUGGACUUACAGAUUGGUCAGUUGGAUAUACUUAUGGCAAGUUUACAAUAUUUGUUGUUGCGGCAUGGAUUGUGAAACCGGGUGCAAUUGUUGCUGGCCUUGUAGCUUGUGGGAUAAUGAUAGCAGCUCUGCACAUUUCUUCACAAGCUACACAAGACAUCAAGACAGGUUUCAUGACACUAACCUCGGAAAGAGCUAUGGUAAUUGGGCAAAUUGUUGGUGUAGUUAUUGGCUCUAUUGUUAGCCCAUGUAUAUUUCUUGCCUUUCAAAAAAGUGAAAAGCCUGGGGUUACUAUCGGAUCUGCUCAAUCACAUUACCCAUGUCCUUUGGCUGGACUCUUUCGUUCCAUUGGUGUGAUUGGCAUUGGAGGAGUGAAGGAGCUCCCUAAGUAUUGUCUUACAAUGUGCUUUGCUGCAUUUUGCAUAACAAUUGUCACAGAUGUACUUUCAUUGGUAUCUCAGGGAAAAGGUUGGAGAAUGCACAAGUAUCUUCCUAAUAUGACAGUGGUAGCACUACCAUUCUUUGCAGGGCCCGAUUUCCCCAUAGAUAUGUGCCUAGGUACUGCGGUAAUGUAUCUAUGGACUAAAAUGAAUAAAAGAAGUGCAACUUUGUUGUCAUCGGCAGUUGCAGCAGGCCUUAUAUGUGGAGAGGGACUAUUUGCAUUGCCAUCAGUAGUACUCACUACGUUCAGUAUACAACCACCAAUGUGCAUGAAGUUUUUUCAUAGUGGAAAAGAAGUUGAUGUGGUUGAAUCAUUCUUAAAUAAGUUGGGAACACCCACAAAGACAUGAGAAAUGUAACUCUAGGAUAAAGUAUUUUUUUUCUUAGAUUGUA